GGGACUGUGCUAGCCGCACUGAUUAGGCGCUGGGGCGCGGGUGUAGAGCGCUGCCAGGUCGGCGUUCCGGGCCUUGCCUGAGCGCCGCGGUAGAGGAUCCCUGGCUGUCCCGGAAAUGCUUUCGGCCGGCGCCAACAUGGCUGCGGCCCUGCGGGCUGCGGGCGCUCUGUUCCGCGAGCCGCUGGUGUAUGGCAGCUCGAGGGCCUGUCAGCCAUGGAGGUGCCAAUCGGGUCCAGCAGUGGCGGCCACUACGGAGAAAGCGCAUCAUGCCAAAACCACAAAACCACAAGCUCAACCAGAAAGGAGGAAGCCCAAAACGGGCAUAUUAAUGUUAAACAUGGGAGGCCCCGAAACCCUUGGAGAAGUUCAAGACUUCCUUCAGAGGCUCUUCCUGGACCGAGACCUCAUGACCCUUCCCAUUCAAAAUAAGCUGGCACCAUUCAUCGCCAAACGCCGAACCCCCAAAAUUCAAGAGCAGUAUCGCAGGAUCGGAGGUGGAUCCCCCAUCAAGAUGUGGACUUCCAAGCAAGGAGAAGGCAUGGUGAAGCUGCUGGAUGAGCUGUCCCCUGACACAGCACCUCACAAAUACUAUAUUGGAUUCCGGUACGUCCAUCCCUUGACAGAAGAGGCAAUUGAAGAGAUGGAGAGAGAUGGACUAGAAAGGGCCAUUGCUUUCACACAGUAUCCACAGUUCAGCUGCUCCACCACAGGCAGCAGCUUAAAUGCCAUUUACAGAUACUAUAACGAGGUGGGGCGGAAGCCCACCAUGAAGUGGAGCACAAUCGACAGGUGGCCCACGCACCCCCUCCUCAUCCAGUGCUUUGCAGACCACAUUCUGAAAGAGCUGGACCAUUUUCCAAAGGAGAAGAGAAGUGAGGUGGUCAUUCUGUUUUCUGCCCACUCCCUGCCGAUGUCUGUUGUCAACAGAGGGGACCCCUAUCCCCAAGAGGUAGGAGCCACUGUCCACAGAGUCAUGGAACAGCUGGGUUACCUGAACCCCUACCGACUGGUCUGGCAGUCCAAGGUUGGUCCAGUACCCUGGUUGGGCCCUCAAACAGAUGAGGCUAUCAAAGGGCUUUGUGAGCGGGGGAGGAAGAAUAUCCUCUUGGUUCCAAUAGCAUUUACCAGUGAUCACAUUGAGACCCUUUAUGAACUGGACAUUGAAUACUCUCAAGUGUUAGCUCAGAAGUGUGGAGCUGAAAACAUCAGAAGAGCAGAGUCUCUUAAUGGAAAUCCAUUGUUCUCCAAGGCCCUUGCUGACCUGGUGCACUCCCACAUCCAGUCAAACAAGCUGUGCUCCACGCAGUUGAGUCUGAACUGUCCGCUCUGUGUAAAUCCUGUCUGCAGGAAGACUAAAUCCUUCUUCACCAGCCAACAGCUGUGACCCUGCCUGAGGACCCGUGGGAUUCGCAGAUGUACAGCCUCCCAACACCUCCGAUGGGGACGACGGGGACGGAAGCCACAUUAGUCUGGGCACAGACUAUAAUUUCUCCCUGCCUGUGUUUUGUUUUGUUUUGUCUUGUUUUGUUUUGUUUUGUUUUAUUUUAUUUCUUGCUUCCCUAUGUAGGCCAAACUGGCCUCCAUUGUGCCUCCUGCUCCUGUUUCCUGAGUGUAGCUAGCAUUACAGACACACAAAAUUGUGUUCCUUGGAGAAUGGACUCAAUUCUGACUGAGAUUUCUAUUUUCAUGUACACAUGCAGUGAACACUCACAACCCUUUCUGGGGUUGGUUUAUGAAUGUGGAAUAUCUGUCUACUGGGUCAUCCCAGGGAUGAGUUUCACAUUUUUAUCUUAUGAGAUACGCACAGAUUCUGCACUUAUUGCCCAAAACAACUUCCUAAAACAGUAUGGUGUGUCUCCUCUAUGAGCUGCCAGUGGUGACUGAGAUGUUUACAGUCCUACGGAUAUAGCUAGAGCUUCAGUGAAUAUGGCGAGUUUACGAAAUAAAAUUUGUAAAAGACUUAGGCUGAGUGCAUAGCUUAGGGCUGUGUGCUUGCCCUGCAAGGCUCCUGCUUUGAGCCCCAGCUGUGAAUGCACACAUUAUGUCACCGACUCGGCCCUAAGUCCAUGGGUACGGGAGUGCGGGGGUCGGAGUGGUCGCCUGUCACUGCUUCUAUUGGCAGUGCAGGCACCGUUCACUGGCCACUGCGGUGUCUGUGGAAACCGAAACAAGUGCGUGCUUCAAGAGCACUGAGAUGCCCCAGGCGCAUGGCCUAAUAAACGUGCAGAAGUUCAGUCCUCGCUGUUUAUGCCUUAAUUUAAGUCAUGGUGCCUCAGGGAAGGGGGCUCUCUGUCUUUUCCCUGUUUCCAAGAACAGUGCCACCAGGAAAUACUACUGAUGGAUUAGGGCUUGUCUCUCCGGGGCCAAGGAACCUUCCAGGCCAAGUGCUUAUUUUAUAAAGUUGACUGUGUUUGAUAGCCUUGAAUUUUCCUCAUGAAUAAGUUUUUAUUAUAAAAGUUUUAUGGUCAUAGACUAGGCCAUUUGUAAAACACAGAGAAAUAACUACUCUAAUGUGGUAA